AUGUCUCACUCAACGGCUCUUCGUCCUCCGUUCAACCCUUUGAUCAACCCGGUACAUUCCAAGCCGGUCCUCGUGGAAGAGCACCUUGAGUCGCAGCGCCACAUUCUUCUAUCGCGGCCAUACUGUGGAGCACUUCUAUUUGAGAAUAGCACAUCGGAUGCUCGGGACCACUGCGCAAAUGAGCGAACUUUUCUCUCAUGGCUGCGGCUGUCCAUGUACUUGGCCGUCGUUUCACUCGCCAUCAUCAUUUCCUUUCACUUUCGUGACCAGCCCACCGUCCUGGAGAGGCGCAUGGCCCUGCCGCUCGGGAUCAUCUUCUGGAUUCUCAGCUUGACAUGUCUGGCCAACGGAUUUGCAAACUAUUCACGAACGGUCAUGAAGUAUGCCCGGAAGGCGGCCUUGGUGCAGAGCGGCUGGAAGACCCAGGUGGUGUUCACAGUGGUGGGGACGGUGAUCUUGGGAAGUUGCAUUCUAUUCUUGUCGACAGAUCCGGCUCAGUGA